UGAUCAUCUCUGGCUUGACGCUGAUCGCCGCUGUUCUGUCCUCCUGUCUCCUCCUCCAGCAGCAGCAGCAUCCGUGGCUCCCCACAGAGGACAGUGGGUGUUUGUAGGACACUGGGCCCGUGGAGGGAGGGGUCCUGGCCUGGGCACGGAUCCCGAAGAGGCCCCGGGGCCGCCGCUGGAUGGAGUCGGGCUGCAUUCACACAGCAAUGGCUAUGGGUCUGACAUCGAAAAAGGCGUCUGCUCGGAGCGUCGGUGUGGAGCGGAAAAACCUCAUCACGGUUUGCAGAUUCUCUGUAAAGACUCUCCUAGAAAAGUACACAGCAGAGCCCAUAGACGACUCAUCCGAGGAGUUUAUUAACUUUGCCGCCAUUUUAGAGCACAUCCUCAGCCACCGCUUCAAAGGUAACACUGCAGGUUCAGGAAGCUGGUUCAGCUCAGAUGGACAGCGCAGUUUCUGGGAAUAUAUCCGGCUGGCGUGCAGUAAGUUGCAGAACAACUGCAUCGCCAGCAUCGAAAACAUAGAGAACAUCAGCACAUCACGAGCCAAGGGGCGUGCAUGGAUUCGAGUGGCGCUGAUGGAGAAACGUCUGUCGGAAUAUGUGUCCACUGCUCUGAGGGACACAAAAACAACCAGGAGGUUCUAUGACGAUGGAGCCAUCAUGCUGAGAGAGGAAGCUCAAGUCCUGACUGGCAUGCUGAUUGGACUGAGUGCCAUUGACUUCAGUUUUUGCCUGAAGGGGGAGACUCUGGAUGGGAAAUCCUCAGCUGUGAUUGACUACACACCUUACCUGAAGUUCACUCAGAGUUACGACUACCUGAGUGACGAGGAGGACCGUCGCAGUGUGGACAGCAGUAACAGCGAGGAGAGUGUGCCCGAGCAUCCCUACAUCCCUCUGGUGACCGACGAGGAGAGCUGGAGCAACAAGUGUCGCAAGAUGGAGCAGAGGUUUAAGAUCGUCUAUGCCCAGAAGGGUUAUCUGGAGGAGCUGGUGCGCCUGCGGGAGUCGCAGCUGAAGAAUGUGGAGACGGAGAACAAGCGUCUGAGAGCCAAGGUGGAGGAGCUGGCGGUCCAGAGCCAACAGGAGAAGAAGGAGCUGGAGGCCGUCGUGCUCGAGCUCCAGGAACAACUCUCUGCCCUCAUGCCCUGUGACACAUCCCAUCUGGCUAAAGAUCUUUCCAUCCCGCUGGUCAACCAGUGGUCCACUAUCCCAAACAACCGGGGUGAUGUCAAGCUUUUCCGCAGGAGGAGUUUCCACAGUUUGGAGCUUCUUUCUGCUGAAGUCAGUCUAAACUCUGACCCCCAGAGGACUGAUGGGAGACAGAACGGAGACGCUUCUUGGACUUCAGCAGGGAAAGACAACACUCCCUCCAUGCUGGGUCUGUGUGGCUCUCUGGCCUCUUUACCAAGCUCCAGGUCCCUAGCCAGCCUCAAGUCCAGUGAGUGUUUGGUCAACAUCAGCACUGAACCCAGCCCUGCGCUAACUCCCAGCUAGGAGCUGCAGACCGACAACAACAACAACAACAACAACAGAGAUUUAACCCCCAGCCUGUCCGCCUGGUGAUGCUGCGUUGACCAUAAGCCCGUUCAAAACCCUUCUCCCAGCCACAAUGCACCAAGACCAUCAACAGCUCCAUGAGAAAGUCACGAUACCAUCUCUGGAUUUUUGUAGCCAUGAGAGUGAAGUUAUCAUGAAGCUAAAAGGAUCCAUCUCUUUUGGUUCUUUCCCUUCUCCUCGCCUUAUCUGCUCGACUCCUCUCACACUCUCCCACAAUCACUUUGUACUAUCUGUGAAUUCCUUCAUCCAAGAUCAUGCAAACUCCUUCCAGACCUUUCCCCAAAGCAUCCAUUUAUUUCCUUCAAUUGUAUUCCCAUCUCUUCUUCCUUUAUGGCAUUCGUCUGUGUGUUCGCGCGCCUCAAUUUACUUGGCAAAAUGUAACCAAAACAGCACUUGCAGCUCUUUGGAUGCAGCCCCUCGCAAAUGGAGAUGUGAUGAUCAUCUUAAAAGAUACAGAUUAUACAUAUAAAGUAGAGGAUGGGUCCUCACGGUGACAUAGCAUUGAGAAGUAUGUUUUACGGGUGUGAGUGAACUGUAUCUGGGGUCUGCCACCCCUGAACGUGCAUAUCAUUCCUGCUUGAGUAAUCAAAACACUGUUUAAAUAUGUGCAGCUAUUUAUUCAAUCUAUCAAAUCUUAAGCAACCACAUAUUUUGAUUUUAUCCAAUACAGCAGUAUGUUCUUUUUACACAUAUACUUUGGAUUAUUUUUUCUUAGUUUUCUGUUGCAAUAAACUGCCUUUUUCCAUUA